GUCAACCGGCGCCGGCGCCGCGCCGCCCGCCGCCUCAGCGACUUCCGCUGGCCGACCGUGGCGCUGGUCACCGUGCUCUGCUACGCGCUGAACCACCUGCCCUACCUGGUGCUGCUGGUGUUCGGCACGUUCAUGCCGGAGCUGCUUCCCGACUGGCCGAUGGAGGUCAUCGCCGUCUGGCUGAGCGUCGCCGAGGGCAUCUUGCUGGUGCCGCUGCUGCUCUGUGUGGACCCGCUGCUCCGGCUGGCCGUCCGCGGCGCCUGCACCAAACCACACGCCGACGACUGCACAGGCGACGGUGGCGAUCCAUUUCGCAGCUGCGGAAAGGAGUCGCACCAGUCGGCCGAGGCCAAGUUUCCAAUCACAAACGGGUCACUGUUCUCCCUGCAGGACGGCGCUUCGCUCCACGCAGUGCGGUCCCGCUGCAUGAAGAUGGGCGUGGGCAUGCUGGGGGAGCCGACCGGUAAGCCCCGCUUCCUGCCGACCCUGUACGACCCGAGCCGGCUGGCGGGCGGCGGCGACGCCCGCUCCGAGCCCCUCUACUCGGACCCGCUCACCAAGACCGCCAGCCUGGACAGCAUCAUCAAGUGCCUGCCGCCCGGCGACGAGCCCAUCUACGCCACGCUCAGCACGGGCCGGCGCAGCCCCGAGCGCUGCAACUCGGCCACGACCAUCGCCAACGACGACUUUGAAUUUCGCGGCUCCAAGCGCUUCUGCAGCCCGCGGCGGCCGCCGUGCGAGCCGCCGACGGCGUCGACGCGCGGCGACCAGAUGAGCAUCCGCUCCACGGCCUCGGGCGUCACCAUCCGCCGCGUCCUGCGCUACAAGAAGACGUCGCCGCGGCGGCGCGCGCGCGAGCCGCCGCUUCGCUCGGCCAUCGUGCACCGCCAGGGCCACAGCCUGCUGGCGCUCAACGAGCUGCGGGCCGACCACGUGCUGCACCGCGGCGAGAUCGUCUCAGUGGAGGCGCUCAACCAGGCGAUGGCGCUCACUCCCUACUCGUAUCUGGACAACGGCGAGGUGUAUCGCCACCACUCGCGAAGUGUGCCGGACUUCCAGAAGGUGUUUAUCAGCGGGUACCUGUGA